AUGGUUAGCCUCGUGGUAGACUUGACUCCCAUUCCUACUGAACUGUCUCCGAGACCCUCUUCCGCCUUUGAAGACUUCUACCAAAUCGGCACAUACUCACGCUCUAACAGCGAGCUAUUCGUCUCACGGCCAGGAUCUCCCAGGUACAUUAUGGCUGCCCAUCAACCUCCCACGCUUCGCGACAUUCUUGCCGACAACUCGCCGCCGCCCUAUACCCUGACUGCAUUUAUGGCGUACCUCUCUCAAAACCACUGCAUGGAGACGCUCGAGUUCACGCUCGAUACCCAGCGUUACGCCAGCAUCUACCAAAAUCAUGCUUCCGAGGCCAAAUCUGCCGCCGAUGCCAAUACCCGCCUCUCCGCUCUCUGGCAAAAGCUCAUGCAGGUAUACAUUGUCCCUUGCGCUCCUCGCGAGGUCAAUAUCCCCUCGCGAGUCCGCGAUCGCCUGCUGAUGACGCACUACAACCCCAUACCUCCCCACCCUUCUGUUCUAGACGAGGCCUGUCAUAUCAUUCAUGAGCUUAUGAACGACUCGCUCCUGGUGCCUUUUCUCGAAUCUGUCGUCCCUCUUCACGUUGAGUAUUGCGACGAGCAGGUUCGCUCUCCCCGAUCUCACACCACUGCCAAAAGCCGAACCAGCCAGAGCCUCGAGUUUGAGGGCCUCACCGAUGAUAGCGAGGGUAACUCUCCCUCUACCAAUGAGCCCAUGACCCCUCCUACAACUCCUCCUACCACCUCGGACUGGGCUUUCAAUGCAUCCCCCGGCGGACUGCAGCGUGCUGUCGCCGCCCACAACAAGGGUUGGAAAAAGGUGGGCGAGAAGUUGGGCUUCAACCGCAAGGCUUCCAGCCGACGGCCCAACGCCACGUCUUCAUCAAGCGGAUUCGAUAGUCGCCGUGGGAGCGGGAACAGCAACACCUUAUGA